CUAGAGAGAAAUUGUCAUUUGAUAAAUGUUUAUUUUCAUAUAUAAAAUAUACAAAUAGAUACUGUCGCGAAAUCUCUUCAAACAUGUCGCGAAUUUCGAAGCGCGUCUAUGAGGCGAAGUCCACUUACCCGGAUCGCACCAAGUCCGAGGAGAAAUCCUUCACGGAAGUGAGUGUGCCGAUCAAGAAGCUGGAUACGGCGCUGCUCCUCCUGAGUUCAAAGGAGGAGUGUGUCCUGCUGACCAUUUUCAGCCACAUAACGGACUUUGCCCGCCGCCAGGAUGUGAAUGUGCUGGAACUGAAGGCCCAUCGCUUGUUGGAGCUGUUGCUGGAGAAGGAUUUGUUCAUCGCGUCGGAGAACACGAUGAUCCGCCGCUUUGCUCUGUACUUGCUCACUGCUCUGCUGGACAACACGGACAUGUCCACCUAUGAGCCAGAACAAGCGGAUCAGAUCCUGGAGCUGGCGUGCAGAUUCUACAUGAAAGAGGUGGACGACUUCUGCAUCGAGUACUUGACGUAUAUACUCAAUGUGUGCCUGAAGGAUCCCCAGAUGGCACAUGGCAUUGUCGAGGCCACCGAAUUCCUGGAGAAAUUUAAGUUGGUGUUCAUAAGUUCGGAGAAUCCGGACACCGUGUUCAACUCGAUUGAGGCACUGCAUAGGAUGCUACUGGUCCAGAGUGCAGAUCAAAUGCUGGAUUUCACAACACAGCCGGAUUUUCCGGUAGAUCGUAUUAUCUGUGAGGUUACCAACGAGUUCCAGGAGAUCCGCAAGGCGGCCCUUAAAACAUUGAAGACUCUGCUGGCGGACACUGGCGACGAUAGCGUCUUCGAGGCACUGCAUCGUUGCUACUUCGUGCUGGAGCAGUUGGUCAAGGUGUUUUGCGAGAGUCCACAAGGGCCGGAGGCUGCCGAUGUCAUCGAGGUUCUGGCCACAGCUCUGCGAUCCGAGAAGAUGACCAAGCUGUUCUUCGAGCAGAACCUCUUCGACCAGGUUGUCGAGCAGGUGCGCAAUCACAUGGACCUCAUGCCGCUGGAGAUGCGCUGCACCAUCAUAUCGAUUUUCGCUGAGACGGCUCAGUACGAGCAGUUCCUACCAAGGAUGCACAAGGCCGAAAUCGCAGACAUGUUCCUCACCUGUUUAAUGCAGAACAAGCCGGCUCCGGCUGCCUACGUCAUCCAGGGACUUCAUCGCAUGUCACACCAUCCGGAAGCGCUGCGGCGAAUUGUGGCCGCCUAUCAGGAGGGCGCAAUUCGCAAACUGGUGGCCAUCCUCAUGUCGCCGGACGUGGCCAUCAAGGCUCGGGAGCAGGCGGGAGAGUUUCUGUCCCGUCUCCUUGUGGCCGCCUUCCGCGAGACAGCUGCCCAGUUGCAAGAGCAGGACAUCGCUGUUGUUCUCACCGCGGUCAUUGCGCAGGGACAGCCCACUCUGUCCAUUGAUCUCAUCCUAUUGCUGCUGACGAUCAUCGAGAGCCUGGCCCAGAAAGAGGAAUACCGCACAAUCCUCGGCGAGUAUAGUUCACUUACCGAGCAGCUUGCCCAGCUUCUAAUGCGUUCCUUUGCCCACUCCAUCCUGGUGAACAACAUCUUCCGGUGCCUGUGCACUCUAAUCGACGAGGCUCCAGUGCGUGAGACUUUGCUGGCCAACUACAUAGUCUCAUCCAUGAAGCGGGCCCUCAAGUCCCUGUCCAAUCUGGUGAAGACCUCGGUGACCAACUUCAUUCUACAGACCACGCGCUUUAACGAGUUCAUAGAUGCCUACAUCGACCGUGGGAUCAUGGAAGUUUUGUUGGAUUUCCAGAAGCACGCCUUCUGCAUUUCCACCUGGGGCCCGGCCAUCGAGAGCAUCCUUUCCAAGUGUCCCACUAUGAAGUUCGCCAUUCGCAACUGCCUCACCUUCACGGACAUCACGGCCGGCAAGGACUUUUAUGUGUCGCGCAGGAAGUUUGAGGACUUCCGCAAAUUUCAGGACAUUCUGCGCAACGAUUGCUCGCCUUUGGAUGCCGUCCUGGUAAUGAACUUUGAUCGUCCCAAGCCGAAUCAGAACGAUGUGAUCGCCGUGCCGCUGCGCUGCUUGAGCACGAUCACGGACUUGCCUGGAGAUCAGGGUUGGGGCUACUGUAAGCGACCUGGAGAUAACAACUUGCCGCAGUAUUUGGAGGCACUCAAUCAGACACUAGCGAUGCACGGCUUGGUGGAGAAUCCCGAGCGCGUGCGUCGCACAAUUGACUUUGAGAACGUGGCCAAGCGGAGCAAGCUGAUCGCCCAGGCGGUGAACGCCGUGAUGAGCGAGAAUCUUAAGAUUCUGGACCUGAACUCAACGGAGGAGUGCUGCCGGAACACGGUCCGCUGUCACCUGCAAGAACUGCGCCACGUGCUGCACACCAACUUCAUUCCACUGGGCAUGGUGCGCAGUGGAUGCCAGUUCGAGCGGGCGAUUCUCUUCAAGGGCUUGGCCGACCAGAUCGGUCUUCCAUGCACCUUGCAACGCAGUGUGGACGGUCGCAUGCUGUACAACGAAUUGCCACUGCCCCUGGAGCCGGAGAAGGAUGUGCACUGCGACAAGAAGACGCUAAAGUACAUGCCCUGGCGGAUGCUGCGACCCACACACGUGGUGGACCUCCUCUACAACGUGGGCGAGCUGUAUCCCAUGCAGAGUCGCCAGGCGCUGCAGUACCUGCGCCUCUACUAGUUCCCAUGAUCUCUAAUGCGCUCACCAAAUUAUCCUGUCCAAUUGCUUCUCAUAUGCUAUAUGCAUGCUUAUUAAAAUUGUUUUAUCGGGU